AUGUGGGUGCAGGAAAGGCCCCUGCGUGUUUUGCUCCCUGACUCAGGCGGGGAGAAGCAGCCCAGCUCCCUGGGGCCAGAUGAGGAUGCUGAUGCCACCUUCGGGCCGAGGCAGGAGGAGGAGCAGUUCCUCUCCCUGGAUGACAUCCAGGACAUCAGCCAGGCAAGCGUGGACAUGAGGAAGGACCAUGAGCCCAAUGCCAUCAGCAUCGUCCCUCUGACUCCCAUGUCUCUGGUGCCCCCAGAAGAGGCUGAGAAGAGAGAAAACCCUCUGUUCAGCCGGAGAGGGGAGCUCCUGGGCAGCCGCAGGGAUUUCCGGAUGAACACGUGCACGCCCCACGCCAGCGGCGCCUUCCUGCUGGAGCUGGCCGGGCUCUCGCCAGCCUGCCCCUGGGCACCACGGCAGCAGCGCAGCCCUGGCAGCGUGGCAGGAGCCACAUCCCCUGGCCUCGCUGGCCCUGCUGAGGCCCCUGUGCAGGCGCUGAGCUUCUCCGAGGAGGGAGGGGCUGCAGGACCAGAGGAUGAGGACAGUGGAGGGGAAAAUCUGCCUGGGGACCAGGAGGAUGAUGUGGAAAUGGCUGUUGGCACCGCUGACGAGCACGUGGAGGCACAGAGGGGCACAGCCCAGCUCAGGGGCUACGUGCUGCGGGAACGAGCCCCCGCCAAGGAGCCUGAAGCCCACGUCAAGGAGCUGGAUCUGUGGCAGAGCCUCGACCCCUUCAGCGACUCGGAGGACAAACCCUUCCAGAAAGGGAGGCCUUUCCUGGUGCCACAGGGCCUGGACGACGUGGUGGGGGGCAAGAGGAAGAGGAAGGGGCCACAGAAGCUGCAGGACUUCAUGAAGUGGUUCUCUGCAACCUACAAUGACAGCACAGACUGCAGGACCACCAAGAGGAAAGGGCCAACAUUUGCAGACCUGGAGGUGCUGUACUGGAAGCAGCUGAAGGAGCGUGUGGCCGCACAGAGGAAGCUGCGGAGCCAGGCGUGGACACUGUGUGAGGAGGAGCUGCCUUUGCUGGAUGAGGAGCGCGGGGCUGAUGGCGAUGAAGGAGCAGCAGAAGACUUUGCAGAGCACGAGGAGCUCCAGGAUGAGGCCCCAGAGGAUCUGGCGGAUGGAGCCCUGGCUGCCCCUGACCUGAGCGCUCUGGGCUAUGAGGAGCUGGUGCGCAGGAACGUGGAGCUGUUCAUCGCCGACUCCCAGAGGUACGCGCAGGAGACGGAGCUGUCGCAGCACGUGCGGCGCUGGGAGGAGCGGAUGGGGCCGCUGCUGCAGGAGCAGGAGGAGCGAGGGGCCUUCGACAUCCACGGCUACGGGGACGCGGUGGCGGCGGCGUGCGGGGCGCUGGGGCAGUGGCGGCCCUUCGCCAGCCUGGUCGCGGGGCGGCCGCCCUUCGAGGUGUGCAGGUACCUGCUGGCCUCGCUGCAGCUGGCCAACGACUACGUGGUGGAGCUGGCGCAGGACGCGGGGCUGGAGCAGGCGCUGGACACGCUGCGGCUGCGGCUGCUCACGCAGAGGCGCCCGCACGAGCGCUUCCGCACCUUCCAGCCCCCCUCUGCCUGCCCCUGAGACCCCCAGCCCUGCCCCUCAGACCCCCAGCCCUGCCCCCCUCAGCAAUAA